CUGCCUUUGAUUUACGCAUACGCUCUCAGUCUCAACACUAACUCAACUCAAGCAACCAUCCUUGAAAACUUAUAAUUAAUUUCUAAACAACCUUAAUUAUCGCCUCUAAUUAUCUCAAAUCUCGCCAAUUAACAACUUCCUCGUAAACCCAAAACACCCCACCAGGCACCAGCCCAGGUAUUGAAUUCACAGUGAGAUCUGAGCCAUGGCAGAUAAUUCAUCAAAUGGCGACAACAGAACAACCACUAAGCCACCACCAAUGCCAUCUCCAUUGAGAUUUUCCAAAUUUUUUCAGCCAAAUAUGAGAAUUUUGGUUACUGGGGGAGCUGGAUUCAUCGGUUCUCAUCUGGUUGACAAAUUGAUGGAAAAUGAAAAAAAUGAGGUUAUAGUUGUUGAUAACUUCUUCACUGGCUCAAAGGACAAUAUUAGAAAAUGGAUUGGUCACCCUAGAUUUGAGCUUAUUCGUCAUGAUGUCACAGAGCCAUUGUUAGUUGAGGUUGACCAGAUAUACCACCUUGCAUGCCCUGCUUCUCCGAUUUUCUACAAGUACAAUCCUGUAAAGACAAUUAAGACCAAUGUUAUUGGCACCCUAAACAUGCUAGGACUUGCAAAGCGAGUUGGAGCAAGAAUUUUGCUUACAUCAACUUCAGAAGUUUAUGGAGAUCCUCUUGUGCACCCUCAACCUGAGACCUAUUGGGGUAAUGUUAAUCCAAUCGGGGUUCGGAGCUGUUAUGAUGAGGGAAAGCGUGUAGCUGAGACUUUGAUGUUUGAUUAUCAUAGACAGCACGGGAUUGAAAUACGCAUUGCCAGAAUCUUUAACACUUAUGGACCACGAAUGAAUAUUGAUGAUGGGCGUGUGGUCAGCAAUUUCAUAGCUCAGGCACUACGAGGUGAACCAUUGACUGUUCAAAAGCCUGGAAAGCAAACUCGUAGUUUUUGUUAUGUCUCUGAUAUGGUGGAUGGCCUUAUUCGCCUCAUGGAAGGAGAGAACACUGGACCUAUCAACAUUGGAAACCCAGGCGAAUUUACCAUGAUUGAGCUUGCCGAGACUGUGAAGGAGCUUAUCAAACCUGAUGUGGAGAUAAAAAUGGUUGAGAACACUCCUGAUGAUCCACGACAGAGAAAACCCGACAUCUCAAAAGCGAAGGAAUUGCUAGGAUGGGAACCAAAGGUGAAGUUGCGGGAAGGGCUUCCUCUUAUGGAAGAGGAUUUCCGUUUGAGACUUGGAGUUGCCAAGGAGUGAGUCACAUCAGCAUCAACUAUAGAUUAAAGCGGAAAUUUCAGUCAGCUCUCCUCCUAAUGUGGAAGUUGCUUUAGAAAUAUAAAUUGAUAAUCUUGCCAAGUGUUCAUGCUUUUUCUUCUUCAUCGACAGAUCGUAGGAAAUAAGUGUAAGUGAAAACGAUUUCUUUUUUUUCUGAAACCACAUGUAAUUUUUGUUUUUGUUUUUCUCCUUUGUCCAGUCCAAGAAUACCAUUAAGUCUA